AUGCCUCCUAAACCAUUUAACCCGCCGCGUCCGAGUAACUCGGUCGCAUCUACCCCAGUCAGAGUUGGCGAUUCGGGGAAGGAACGCGCUUCUAGAAUCAAUAAACUGACGCCUGCUAGUGGCAGCUCGAGGAGCCAGAAGAUGAAGGCAAGCUCCAGUAAAGGCAUUAAGAAGAAACCUCGAAUAAGUGCAGCCAGUCUUGCUCGGCUACCUAGUCUUAGUCCGGGAACGAGCGAUGAUGGAGAUUCUGGCCCUGACCUGAAUCCGGAAGAGGAACUCGGAGAGGAAGAAGGCGACGACAUCUUUAACGAAGUUAUCGAGACGUCAACGCGAUCUAGGAUUCAUGAUAGUAGUCGCUCGACACGCACACGUGUGACAAGUUACAACGACGCGACUUCCGCGGAAAAGGAUCGGACAGAAGUUGUCAUUCCAAGCGAUCUCACGUCAGUACUGCUGAAUGAAAUGUUCAAAAAAGGUAGCUGUGGCAAAGACUCGACUAGCGAAGGCGCUGAUCGCGCGGAGAACACUCGGGAAACGAGGCGCACGCGGCUAACUAAGCAAGCUGUGGGUGCUGUGGCAAAGUAUCUGGACAUUUUCGUGAGAGAAGCCGUAGCGCGGGCGGCAUGGGAAGGCAUUGAAAGAGGAGGAAAUGGUGUACUAGAAGUGGAGGAUCUAGAGCGCUUAGCUCCGCAGUUAUUGUUGGACUUCUAA